GCGGAGGGGGGCGGGCGCUUUCCCAGGCCCGGCCGAGGAGCGGCGCGCACAGGCGGCGGCGGCGCGCAGGGCCGUGCACCCCGCGCUCGCUCUCAGCACCGCGGCCGAAGUAACUUUGGGAGCCGCCGUCUCCCCGAACUUCCCGGCGGGGCCGCGCUCCGAGCCCGCCUCACCGCCUGCCCGCGCGCUCCGUCCGUCCGGCGCCGCCACCCUGCAUGCGCUCGGCGGCCGCGGCAUGGGGCGCAGCGCCUGGGCCCCGCGCACUGUCCUCCCGGCCGCGCUGCUGCUGCCGCUGCUGCUGCUGCUGCUGCUGGGCGCCGCGCUGAGGGCGCGCGCCGCGGGGGGCUACUACCCGCGCUUCUCGCCCUUCUUUUUCCUGUGCACCCACCACGGGGAGCUGGACGGGGAUGGGGAGCAGGGCGAGGUGCUCAUCUCCCUGCACAUUGCGGGUAACCCCACCUACUACGUGCCCGGACAGGAAUACCACGUGACAAUUUCAACAAGCACCUUCUUCGAUGGGUUGUUGGUGACAGGACUGUACACCUCUACCAGCAUUCAGGGUUCGCAGAGCAUCAGCGGCUCCAGUGCAUUUGGAUUUGGGAUCAUGUCUGACCACCAAUUCGGUAACCAGUUCAUGUGCAGCGUGGUGGCCUCGCACGUGAGUCAUCUGCCCACAACCAACCUCAGCUUCGUCUGGAUCGCUCCCCCCGCGGGCACAGGCUGUGUGAACUUCAUGGCUACGGCAACACACAGGGGCCAGGUUAUUUUCAAAGACGCACUCGCCCAACAGUUGUGUGAACAAGGAGCUCCAACCGAGGCCACCUCACACCCACACCUAGCUGAAAUACAUACUGACAGCAUUAUCCUACGAGAUGACUUUGACUCCUACCACCAACUGGAAUUAAAUCCAAAUAUAUGGGUUGAAUGUAACAACUGCGAGAUCGGUGAGCAGUGCGGUGCGAUUAUGCAUGGCAAUGCUGUCACAUUCUGUGAGCCAUAUGGUCCGCGAGAACUGACUACCACUGGCCUAAACACCACGACAGCUUCUGUCCUCCAGUUUUCCAUUGGAUCAGGUUCAUGUCGCUUUAGUUAUUCGGACCCCAGCAUCAUCGUGUCAUAUGCCAAAAAUAAUACUGGUGACUGGAUACAACUUGAGAAAAUCAGAGCCCCUUCCAACGUCAGCACGAUCAUCCACAUCCUGUACCUCCCCGAGGAUGCCAAAGGUGAGCGCGUCCAGUUCCAGUGGAAGCAGGAGAGUCUGCAAGGCGGGGAAGUGUACGAAGCCUGCUGGGCCCUCGAUAACAUCCUGGUCAUCAAUGCGGCCCACAGACAAGUCAUUUUAGAAGACAAUCUUGACCCAGUGGACACAGGCAACUGGCUCUUCUUCCCUGGAGCAACGGUUAAGCAUAGCUGUCAGUCAGAUGGGAACUCCAUUUAUUUCCAUGGAAAUGAAGGCAGCGAGUUCAAUUUUGCCACCACCCGGGAUGUAGAUCUCUCUACAGAGGAUAUUCAAGAGCAGUGGUCAGAAGAAUUUGAGAGCCAGCCUACAGGAUGGGACAUCUCGGGAGCUGUCAUUGGUACAGAAUGCGGAACAAUAGAAUCAGGUUUAUCAAUGGUCUUCCUCAAAGAUGGAGAGAGGAAAUUAUGCACUCCGUACAUGGACACUACUGGUUUUGGGAACCUGCGGUUCUACUUCGUCAUGGGAGGAAUUUGUGACCCUGGAGAGUCUCAUGAAAAUGAUGUUAUCUUGUAUGCAAAGACUGAGGGAAGAAAAGAGCACAUUGCCCUGGACACCCUUUCUUAUUCCUCGUAUAAGGUCCCAUCUUUGGUUUCUGUGGUCAUCAACCCUGAACUUCAGACUCCUGCUACUAAAUUUUGUCUUAGACAAAAGAACCAUCAAGGACAUAAUCGGAACGUCUGGGCUGUAGAUUUUUUCCAUGUCUUGCCUGUCCUCCCUUCUACAAUGUCUCACAUGAUACAGUUUUCCAUUAAUCUGGGAUGUGGAACACAUCAACCUGGUAACAGUGUCAGCUUAGAGUUUUCCACCAACCGCGGGCGUUCCUGGUCCCUCCUCCACACCGAGUGCUUGCCUGAAGUCUGUGCUGGCCCCCACCUGCCCCACAGCACCGUCUACUCCUCUGAAAACUACAGCGGGUGGAACCGAAUCACGAUUCCCCUCCCUAACGCGGCACUAACCCGAGACACCAGGAUUCGCUGGAGACAAACGGGACCGAUCCUUGGAAACAUGUGGGCAAUUGAUAACGUUUAUAUUGGCCCAUCAUGUCUCAAGUUCUGUUCUGGCAGAGGACAGUGCACGCGGCACGGCUGCAGGUGCGAUCCUGGAUUUUCUGGCCCUGCUUGUGAAAUGGCAUCCCAGACAUUCCCAAUGUUUAUUUCGGAAAGCUUUGGCAGCUCCAGGCUGUCGUCCUAUCAUAACUUUUACUCUAUCCGCGGUGCUGAAGUCAGCUUCGGGUGUGGCGUCUUAGCCAGCGGUAAAGCCCUGGUUUUCAACAAAGACGGGAGGCGCCAGCUAAUUACAUCCUUCCUGGACAGCUCGCAAUCCAGGUUUCUCCAGUUCACCCUGAGGCUGGGGAGCAAAUCUGUUCUGAGCACAUGCAGGGCCCCUGACCAGCCUGGCGAAGGAGUUUUACUGCAUUAUUCGUAUGACAAUGGGAUAACUUGGAAACUCUUGGAACACUACUCAUAUCUCAACUAUCACGAGCCCAGAAUCGUCUCCGUGGAACUACCAGAUGACGCGAGGCAGUUUGGGAUUCAGUUCCGAUGGUGGCAGCCCCAUCACUCCUCCCAGGGAGAGGACGUGUGGGCUAUCGAUGAGAUUGUCAUGACGUCUGUUCUGUUCAACAGCAUCAGCCUUGACUUCAGCAAUCUUGUGGAGGUCACGCAGUCCCUGGGCUUCUACCUUGGCAACGUUCAGCCCUACUGUGGCCACGACUGGACCCUGUGUUUCACAGGAGACUCUAAACUGGCCUCCAGCAUGCGCUAUGUGGAAACACAGUCCAUGCAGGUAGGGGCGUCCUACAUGAUUCAGUUCAGUUUGGUGAUGGGAUGUGGCCGGAAGUACACGCCACACGUGGACAACCAGGUGACACUGGAGUACUCGACCAACCACGGCCUCACCUGGCACCUUGUGCAGGAAGAAUGCCUUCCAAGUAUGCCCAGUUGCCAGGAAUUUACAUCAGCAAGUAUUUACCAUGCCAGUGAGUUCACACAGUGGAGAAGAGUCAUAGUACCCCUCCCGCAGAAGACCUGGUCCAGUGCCACCCGCUUCCGCUGGAGCCAGAGCUACUACACCGCACAGGAUGAGUGGGCAUUAGACAGCAUUUACAUCGGGCAGCAGUGCCCCAACAUGUGCAGCGGCCACGGCUCCUGCGACCACGGCAUGUGCAGGUGUGACCAGGGAUACCAAGGAACUGAAUGCCUCCCCGAAGCUGUGCUUCCCUCCACGAUUAUGUCGGAUUUUGAGAACCAGAAUGGUUGGGAGUCCGACUGGCAAGAAGUUAUUGGGGGAGAAAUCGUAAAGCCUGAACAAGGAUGUGGGGUCAUCUCUUCGGGAUCAUCUCUGUACUUCAGCAAGGCUGGGAAGAGGCAGUUGGUGAGCUGGGAUCUGGAUACUUCCUGGGUGGACUUCGUGCAGUUCUACAUCCAGAUAGGAGGAGACAGUGCAGCGUGCAACAAGCCGGACAGCAGGGAGGAGGGCGUCCUCCUUCAGUACAGCAACAACGGGGGCAUCCAGUGGCACCUGCUGGUGGAGAUGUACUUCUCAGACUUCGACAAACCCAGAUUCGUCUAUCUGGAGCUUCCGGCUGCGGCUAAGACCUUGUGCACCAGAUUCCGCUGGUGGCAGCCCGUGUUCUCCGGGGAGGACUAUGACCAGUGGGCAGUCGACGACAUCAUUAUUCUGUCAGAGAAGCAGAAACAAGUCAUCCCAGUUGUCAACCCAACUCUGCCCCAGAACUUUUAUGAGAAGCCAGCUUUUGACUACCCGAUGAAUCAGAUGAGUGUGUGGUUGAUGUUGGCUAAUGAAGGCAUGGUGAAAAAUGAAACCUUCUGCGCUGCCACACCCUCAGCCAUGGUGUUUGGAAAAUCGGAUGGAGACCGGUUUGCAGUCACUCGAGAUUUGACCCUGAAGCCUGGAUACGUGCUACAGUUCAAGCUAAAUAUAGGGUGUGCCAGUCAGUUCAGCAGUGCAGCCCCCGUGCUCCUCCAGUACUCCCAUGAUGCCGGGAUGUCCUGGUUUCUGGUGAAGGAAGGCUGUUUCCCAGCUUCUGCGGGCAAAGGCUGCGAAGGGAACUCCAGAGAACUGAGCGAGCCCACAGUGUACCACACGGGGGACUUUGAAGAAUGGACGAGAAUCACCAUUGUUAUCCCAAGGUCUCUUGCAUCCAGCAAGACCCGGUUCCGGUGGAUCCAGGAGAGCAGCUCCCAGAAGAACGUGCCUCCCUUCGGGCUGGAUGGAGUGUACAUAUCCGAGCCCUGUCCCAGCUACUGCAGUGGCCGCGGGGACUGCAUCUCGGGCGUGUGCUUCUGCGACCUGGGGUACACGGCUGCCCAGGGAUCCUGUGCGUCAAACAUCCCCAACCACAGCGAGAUGUUCGAUAGGUUCGAGGGGAAGCUCAGCCCACUGUGGUACAAGAUCACCGGCGGCCAGGUGGGCACAGGCUGUGGGACGCUGAACGACGGCAGGUCUCUCUACUUCAACGGCCCUGGGAAGAGGGAAGCAAGGACUGUCCCCCUGGACACCAGGAAUAUCCGACUCGUUCAAUUUUAUAUACAAAUUGGAAGCAAAACUUCAGGUAUUACCUGCAUCAAGCCAAGGGCUAGAAAUGAAGGGCUUGUUGUUCAGUAUUCGAACGACAACGGAAUAUUCUGGCAUCUGCUUCGAGAGCUGGACUUCAUGUCAUUUCUGGAACCACAGAUCAUUUCCAUUGACCUGCCGUGGGAAGCGAAGACACCCGCGACAGCUUUUCGAUGGUGGCAGCCACAGCAUGGAAAACACUCGGCCCAGUGGGCUUUGGAUGAUGUCCUUAUUGGAAUGAAUGACAGCUCUCAAACUGGAUUUCAAGACAAAUUUGAUGGCUCUUUAGAUUUGCAAGCCAACUGGUAUCGAAUCCAAGGAGGUCAAGUUGAUAUUGACUGUCUCUCUAUGGAUACUGCGCUAAUGUUCACUGAAAACAUAGGGAAACCUCGUUAUGCCGAGACCUGGGAUUUUCACGUGUCAGCAUCCACCUUCCUGCAGUUCGAAAUGAGCAUGGGCUGCAGCAAGCCCUUCAGCGACACCCACAGUGUGCAGCUCCAGUUCUCGGUGAACAACGGCAGGGACUGGCAUCUGGUCGCCGAGGAAUGUGUCCCUCCAACCAUCGGCUGUCUCCACUACACGGAAAGUUCCAUUUACACCUCAGAAAGGUUCCAGAAUUGGAAGCGGAUCACUGUCUACCUCCCACCCUCCACCAAUUCUCCCAGGACACGGUUCAGGUGGAUCCAGGCCAACUACACGGUGGGCGCCGAUGCCUGGGCUAUCGAUAACGUCAUUCUGGCCUCGGGGUGCCCAUGGAUGUGCUCCGGACGAGGGAUUUGUGAUGCUGGACGCUGUGUGUGUGACCGGGGCUUCGGUGGACCCUACUGUGUCCCCAUCGUGCCGCUGCCCUCGAUUCUGAAAGAUGACUUCAAUGGGAACUUACACCCCGACCUUUGGCCUGAGGUGUACGGUGCCGAGCGAGGAAACCUCAAUGGGGAAACCAUCAAAUCCGGAACCGCUCUGAUUUUUAAAGGGGAAGGACUAAGGAUGCUUAUUUCAAGAGAUCUAGAUUGUACUAGUACUAUGUACGUCCAGUUUUCACUUAGAUUUAUAGCAAAAGGUACCCCGGAGAGGUCUCACUCCAUCCUACUCCAGUUCUCUGUCAAUGGAGGAAUCACUUGGCACCUGAUGGAUGAAUUUUACUUCCCUCAAACGACUAACAUUCUUUUCAUUAAUGUUCCUUUGCCAUCCAGUGCCCAAACCAACGCUACACGAUUCAGACUUUGGCAACCUUAUAAUAAUGGUAAAAAAGAAGAGAUCUGGAUCAUUGAUGACUUCAUUAUCGAUGGAAAUAAUUUGAACAACCCUGUGAUGCUUCUGGACACAUUUGACUUUGGACCCAGAGAAGACAAUUGGUUUUUCUACCCUGGUGGGAACAUUGGUCUUUACUGCCCAUAUUCUUCCAAGGGAGCGCCCGAAGAAGAUUCAGCCAUGGUGUUUGUCUCCAAUGAAGUGGGGGAGCACUCCAUCACCACCCGUGACCUCAGUGUCAAUGAGAACACCAUCAUUCAAUUCGAGAUCAAUGUUGGCUGCUCCACUGAUAGCUCCUCUGCUGAUCCGGUCAGACUGGAAUUUUCAAGGGACUUCGGGGCCACCUGGCACCUGCUGCUCCCCCUCUGCUACCCCAGCAGCAGCCACCUCAGCUCCUUAUGCUCCACCGAGCAGCACCCAAGCAGCACCUACUACGCGGGAAUCACCCAGGGCUGGCGGCGGGAGGUCGUGCACUUUGGGAAGCUGCACCUUUGCGGAUCCGUGCGUUUCAGGUGGUACCAGGGCUUUUACCCCGCUGGCUCUCAGCCGGUGACGUGGGCCAUCGACAACGUCUACAUCGGUCCCCAGUGUGAAGAGAUGUGCAGCGGGCACGGAGGCUGCAUCAACGGGACCAAGUGUGUGUGUGAUCCCGGCUACUCGGGGCCGGCCUGCAGGGUUAGCACCAAAAACCCCGAUUUCCUCAAGGACGAUUUUGAAGGUCAGCUGGAAUCUGACAGAUUCUUACUGAUGAGCGGGGGAAAGCCAUCCCGGAAGUGCGGAAUCCUCUCCAGCGGAAACAACCUCUUUUUCAACGAAGAUGGCUUGCGCAUGCUGAUGACCCGAGACCUGGACUUGUCACAUGCCAGAUUUGUGCAGUUCUUCAUGAGACUGGGAUGUGGUAAAGGUGUACCGGACCCCAGGAGCCAGCCCGUGCUCCUGCAGUACUCUCUCAACGGCGGCCUCUCCUGGAGUCUCCUGCAGGAGUUCCUUUUCAGCAACUCCAGCAAUGUGGGCAGGUACAUUGCCCUGGAGAUCCCCUUGAAAGCCCGCUCUGGCUCUACUCGCCUGCGCUGGUGGCAGCCAUCCGAAAAUGGCCACUUCUACAGCCCCUGGGUCAUCGACCAGAUUCUCAUCGGAGGAAAUAUUUCUGGAAACACAGUCCUGGAAGACAAUUUCACAACUUUGGAUAGUAGGAAGUGGCUCCUGCACCCCGGAGGCACCAAGAUGCCCGUGUGUGGCUCUACAGGAGAUGCCCUGGUCUUCAUCGAGAAGGCCAGCACCCGCUACGUGGUCACCACAGACAUUGCGGUGAACGAGGACUCCUUCCUGCAGAUAGACUUCGCCGCCUCCUGCUCUGUCACAGACUCGUGCUAUGCUAUUGAACUGGAGUACUCCGUGGAUCUCGGGCUGUCGUGGCACCCGCUGGUAAGGGACUGCCUGCCCACCAACGUGGACUGCAGCCGCUACCACCUGCAGCGGAUCCUGGUGUCAGACACGUUCAACAAGUGGACCAGGAUCACUCUGCCCCUCCCGCCUUACACCAGGUCCCAGGCCACUCGUUUCCGUUGGCAUCAGCCCGCUCCUUUUGACAAGCAGCAGACCUGGGCGAUAGAUAACGUCUACAUCGGGGACGGCUGCGUAGACCUGUGCAGUGGCCACGGCAGGUGCAGCCAGGGAAACUGUGUCUGUGACGAGCAGUGGGGCGGCCUGUACUGCGACGAACCUGAGACCUCCCUUCCAACCCAGCUCAAAGACAACUUCAAUCGUGCGCCUUCCAACCAGAACUGGCUGACUGUCAACGGGGGGAAGCUAAGCACCGUGUGUGGAGCGGUGGCUUCAGGGCUGGCUCUCCAUUUCAGCGGGGGUUGCAGUCGAUUACUAGUCACUGUGGAUCUAAACCUCACUAAUGCCGAGUUUAUCCAAUUUUACUUCAUGUAUGGAUGCCUGAUUACACCCAACAACCGUAACCAAGGAGUCCUCUUGGAAUAUUCCAUCAAUGGAGGCAUUACCUGGAACCUGCUAAUGGAAAUCUUCUAUGACCAGUACAGUAAACCUGGCUUCGUGAAUAUCCUCCUGCCUCCUGAUGCCAAAGAGGUUGCGACUCGCUUCCGCUGGUGGCAGCCCAGACACGACGGCCUGGACCAGAACGACUGGGCCAUCGACAACGUCCUCAUCUCAGGCUCUGCUGACCAGAGGACCGUCAUGCUGGACACGUUCAGCAGCGCCCCGGUGCCCCAGCACGAGCGCUCCCCGGCCGACGCCGGGCCCGUCGGGAGGAUUGCUUUUGACAUGUUCAUGGAGGACAAGACUGAAGUGAAUGAGCACUGGCUGUUUCAUGACGACUGCACGGUGGAGAGGUUCUGUGACUCCCCUGAUGGGGUCAUGAUCUGUGGCAGUCACGAUGGACGGGAGGUGUACGCAGUGACCCACGACCUGACUCCCACGGAAGGCUGGAUUAUGCAGUUCAAGGUCUCUGUUGGAUGCACAGUGUCUGAAAAAAUUGCCCAGAAUCAAAUUCAUGUGCAGUAUUCUACUGACUUUGGUGUCAGCUGGAAUUAUCUGGUCCCUCAGUGCUUACCUGCUGAUCCAAAAUGCUCUGGAAGUGUUUCUCAGCCAUCUGUAUUUUUCCCAACUAACGGGUGGAAAAGGAUCACCUAUCCACUUCCUGAAAGCUUAGUGGGAAACCCAGUUAGGUUUCGGUUCUAUCAGAAGUACUCAGAUAUGCAGUGGGCAAUCGAUAACUUCUACCUGGGCCCCGGAUGCUUGGACAACUGCCGGGGCCACGGCGAUUGCUUGAAGGAGCAGUGCAUCUGUGAUCCGGGAUACUCUGGGCCCAACUGCUACCUGACCCACACUCUGAAGACCUUCCUGAAGGAGCGCUUCGACAGUGAGGAGAUCAAGCCUGACCUGUGGAUGUCCCUAGAGGGGGGAAGCACUUGCACGGAGUGCGGAAUUCUCGCCGAGGACACGGCCCUCUAUUUUGGGGGAUCCACUGUGAGACAGGCUAUUACUCAAGACUUGGAUCUCAGAGGUGCAAAGUUCCUGCAGUACUGGGGACGCAUCGGUAGUGAGAACAACAUGACCUCCUGCCAUCGGCCCAUCUGCCGGAAGGAAGGCGUGCUGCUGGACUACUCCACUGACGGAGGAAUUACUUGGACUUUGCUCCAUGAGAUGGAUUUCCAGAAGUACAUCUCUGUCCGACACGACUACAUCCUUCUUCCCGAGGACGCCCUCACCAACACAACUCGCCUCCGCUGGUGGCAGCCCUUUGUGAUCAGCAAUGGAAUCGUGGUCUCGGGAGUGGAGCGUGCCCAGUGGGCACUAGACAACAUUCUGAUUGGUGGAGCAGAAAUCAACCCCAGUCAACUGGUGGACACUUUUGAUGAUGAAGGUGCCUCCCACGAAGAGAACUGGAGCUUCUACCCCAACGCAGUCAGGACGGCAGGAUUCUGCGGCAAUCCAUCCUUCCACCUCUACUGGCCAAACAAAAAGAAAGACAAGACUCACAACGCUCUCUCCUCCCGGGAACUCAUUAUUCAGCCAGGAUACAUGAUGCAGUUCAAAAUCGUGGUGGGCUGUGAAACCACUUCCUGCGGCGACCUCCAUUCCGUCUUGUUGGAAUACACUAAGGAUGCAAGGUCUGAUUCCUGGCAGCUCGUCCAGACCCAGUGCCUGCCUUCCUCCUCGAACAGCAUCGGCUGCUCCCCAUUCCAGUUCCAUGAAGCCACCAUCUACAAUGCCGUCAACAGCUCGAGCUGGCAGAGGGUCACCAUCCAGCUGCCCGACCACGUCUCCUCCAGUGCCACACAGUUCCGAUGGAUCCAGAAGGGUGAAGAGACGGAAAAGCAGAGCUGGGCCAUCGACCACGUGUACAUCGGCGAGGCCUGCCCCAAGCUCUGCAGCGGGCACGGGUACUGCACCACGGGCGCCGUCUGCAUCUGCGACGAGGGCUUCCAAGGUGAUGACUGCUCGGUUUUCAGCCAUGAUCUUCCCAGUUACAUUAAAGAUAACUUCGAAUCAGCCAGAGUCACAGAAGCCAACUGGGAGACCAUUCAGGGGGGUGCGAUCGGCAGUGGCUGUGGCCAGCUGGCACCUUACGCCCACGGAGACUCCCUCUAUUUUAAUGGCUGUCAGAUAAGGCAAGCGGCUACCAAACCUCUGGAUCUCACCCGAGCAAGCAAAAUUAUGUUUGUUUUGCAAAUUGGGAGCGCGUCGCAGACGGACAGCUGCAACAGUGACCUGAGUGGCCCCCACACCGUGGACAAGGCCGUGCUGCUGCAGUACAGCGUCAACAACGGCAUCACCUGGCACGUCAUCGCCCAGCACCAGCCCAAGGACUUCACACAGGCGCAGAGAGUCUCUUACAACGUACCCCUGGAGGCACGGAUGAAAGGAGUCUUACUGCGCUGGUGGCAGCCCCGCCACAAUGGAACAGGUCACGAUCAGUGGGCUCUGGACCACGUGGAGGUCGUCCUAGUAAGCACUCGCAAACAAAAUUACAUGAUGAAUUUUUCACGGCAACACGGGCUCAGGCACUUCUACAACAGAAGACGAAGGUCACUUAGGCGAAACCCAUGAAGAGUCAAAAGUUUAUUUUUCCUUCCCACGUGUGACGUGUUGCUUCCCUUCUUUGAAACCUCUCACUGCAUCUGAUAUCAGGAAAUACGAAGGACUCAGUGGUCUGAGUGUCUACCGCGUCCCCACACUGUGAACCAAUGGCAGGUGACUUCUCGGCUUCUCAGUAAAUGUCUUCCUGUGGAUAUGUCUGUGAAAACUCUGAUCUGUUGAAAUUCCCAUUACAAUGGCCGUAUUGACAAUAAAUAGUUCAACAACAAUGACAAAAAGUUUAAGCACAAACUUUUAAAGAGCUUUUAUGUUUCCAAUGACGUCUAGCACAGUAUUUAACCUUCUUGGUCACAAAGCUCUGUAAAGUGAACUGUAUUUCAGCUUUGUAUCAUGUUUUAUAUGAUUAAAUUAUCAUUGUCCUCUAUGUAUUCUCUUCUGUGAUGUAACACAUCGAAACUGUAUUUACUUGUAACACUGCAAUAUUUUGCUGCUGGAUUUUGAUCUACUUAUAUUCUGCAAAAAGUUAAUGGAAAUACCUAUUCAAGAAGAUGGAUGUAAAGAUAUUGUAUCUCCUUUAAUAUACUCUUUACAAUGUAUGUUGAUUUAGCGUUGUUUUGUGGAUAAGAAAAAUGCUUGACCUUGGAAUAUUUUCUACUUAAAGGAUUGUGGAUGAAGACCCUAUUUCCCAUCCCCAAAAACAAAAUCCCAUUUCCUUGUCUAAAAAAAUUUUUUUGAAGUGUUCUGUGGCUGAUUUACUAACUGUAACUGCCAUCUUGUGUCUGUGGUAACAAAGUGAUUUGUAAAACAGUGGGUGUUCUUUUCAUUGUGUUUUCGUGGGUUUUUCCUGCGGGUCAUCUUCAUACCUUCUAACGGAGUUAAACCAACACCAGCAGCAUUCGAAUGGCCCUGUAGCCCUGACGUCCCUACUAGCAAAAUGGAAUGUUACACUCGGAUGGACCAAGCUAAAAGCCCAUGCUUAAAUAAAAAUUAUGUCCAAAAUCUA